AUGCAAUGCCAUUUUAUUUUAAUAGUUGUACAUCAAAAUAAUUCCAUACAUCCGAUAUGUGCACAUUUAGUAAAUGUUGAUAGUCUCAUUAUCAAUCCAGCAAUAAUUAUUGAAAUGGCCUGUCCAUGCAAUUCUGGGUGGUUGGCUUCAAAAACAUUCUGUUUAAUUGAUUUGCAGAAACAAUUGCCAUUGCUCUAUCAACAAAUUGAGGUUCUAGAAUAUUUCUCCUUGACAAAAUCCACAAGCUUUGCCCAUUGA